AUGUCCUUUAUUCAAUCUUCUUCUUCCUCCUCUUCCUCAGCCUCGACCGAUUCUUCCUCUUCGUCUUCAUCCUCUUCGAAUCCACCAACAAAUAUUAGUUUAGCCGUUUUCGGUCCAAAAACAGCACAAGAAUCGGCUAAAGAGGUCGCAGAAGCCCGCCGAAUUGAAGAUCAACGUCGGGCUUCUGAACAAGAACGUGAGAUAAGAAGAAAUGAAAAUCUUCGUAACAUCAACGAACAAAGGCAACAAACACUUGGAGCCAGAAGGCAACUUGUGUUUGAAGUUGUUAUUCCCGAUUUCGAUGAUGUGGAAUCUGGGGAUGAAGAAGAUUAUUCCUCUGAUGAGGAUUCGGAUGAUGAGAGCCUUAUCAAAAUUCCUAGAGCAGCCACAGCAAAUGGUAACUCUAGGGAGCAGUGUUCUGAUGAAAAAUUUCAAUUUAUAGGAAGAAUGCAUCAAAUUCAACAUUUGGGGCGCCGACGGGAUUCAAACAGAAAAAUAACAACGGAUGAAUCUCUUCAGUGGUAUGAGCCUGAAAAAAAGCUCCCAGAGAAACAGGACAAAUGCAGCGGAUGUUGGGAAGAUGGUUGCGCGUCCACUAUUUGUUAUGGAAUCUGUGGCCAUCUUUCGUUCUGUGAAGUGUGCGCCAAUAAGGCAUGUAGGGUUGCUUUUGGAGAAAAUUUUUAUCCUGUAUGUCCCCUUUGUCGUUUACAGACUCCUUUUUUUAAAACAAUUUCAGGCAAAAUCUGUAGGGGAAAUAAUUAA